UCGGAAUCACCUUUCAUUACGUCGGUGCGAUAAUCUCGUGUCUUUGAUGUUCUACAGGGAAGCAAAGAGUAGACCGUUGAUCGGUUCACCUCACCUAAUCCACUAAUGCACUCUUCCGCCCUUAUUCCCUUAGACUCGCCGACAAUUGCCAGAUUGAGGUAACACUCCAAAUGCUGUGCCGCCAAAUGGCCUCACGAAUGUCAAUUUUCAGGUUACGGACUUCUCACCGUCAUCGCCAUGAUGUCACGUAUUUACAGCUAUAAGAAAGUCAGAGUUUCGGUUCUCGAUCACUCAAUUUUUCUUCGCAUAAUAUUUUUAUUCUUGAAAUUUCAAGAUCAAUCAGCUCACCAUGUCUGCUCCAUUUGGCCUCGCUGUCGUGGGGACGAAUUGGAUCACCAACUCUUUUGUUCAAUCAUGCCAUGAGAGCAAACUAUUUCAACUCACUGCUGUGUAUUCAAGAAAGCUCGACACCGCAAGCAAUUUCAUUUCAGAGACGCCCUCGAUCAAGGAAGCUUCUAGAGUGGAAGCUUACGAUGAUUUGGACACCAUGCUGUCCAAAGGUUCCAACAUCGAUGUUGUGUACAUCGCAUCACCCAACUCGUUGCACUAUGAUCAGGGCAUCAAAUCUUUGAAUUCUGGCAAACAUGUAAUCAUGGAAAAGCCCUUCGCCUCCAACAUGAAGGAGCUCGAAGCCCUUUACGAGCUCGCCGACUCCAAGGGUCUCUUCAUUCUAGAAGCUUAUCGCCACAUUCAAGAGCCAAACUUCAAGAGACUUCAGAGGCUACUUGAUGAUGAGAAGACCAGGACGGAGAAGUUUGGGAAGAUUUAUGGCGCAAGCCUCUCGAUGGCAGUGUAUUCGCCAUUAUUUGGAGACAUCACAGAAGGCAACGUUCCAAAUGUUGCGUCUCCCAGGUUCAGUGGAGGCUGUUUAUGGGAUAUGGGUUGCUAUCCUGUCACAUUCGCUGUCCGACUCUUUGGCAAACCCUCGUCUCAGACAUACUUCCCAGUCAUCCUCGAAACAGGUGUCGAUGGCGGUGGUCUCAUCGUGUUCCAGUACACGCCUGAGUCUUCAAAGCACCAGCAGAGCUUUACACUCUCGGCCCGCACGAGCAAGAUUUAUGACUCCCAAGCACCAACCGAGAUCUACUGUGAGAAGGGAACCAUCAAGAUCUUUGGUGGUCAGGCUUCGAACGUCACAGACAUCUGUACUAUGGAGUUCAUCCCAAGAGGAUCACAAGAGUCUGAGGAGCUGGGAGAUACCAGCCCUGAGUAUACAGAUAUGUUGAACCUGACUUGGGAGGCCAAGGAGCUUGGACGUAUCAUUAAGGAGAGUGAUCGGGAAGCUGAAGCUGACUUGAGGGCACUUAGUCGAAGUGUUCUCACGACGAUGGAGGAUAUGAGGAAGAAGAAUGGUAUUGUGUUUGGUAGUGAUCCAUGAUUGGCGUGUCAUCCUUGGGACCUAGCUAGAACGUUGCAAGAUAAAUAGGUGGCUACUUAUAGAAAAAGCACGACUUCCUUUUUUCAUACCCGAUCUUCGAAGUCGAUAUCAAUCUGCGUUUCCCGGAGCUGCUUAAUUUUGCACCAUAUUCGGAAUUUCGUCACCGAGAGUCAUAUCGCC